ACAACCGAUAUACGGAUGACGGAGCUCGAGAGAGAGACGCUUAGUGUACUCCCACGCGGUGUAGCGUCUCUACGUAUGGGGUAAACAAUAGCACCGAAAUUGUGUAUACGUACGAGGCCGAUUCAAGCUUUGAAGCAAUUGAAGCUUAUAUCUAUUCACUCGCUUACACAACUCGUACACUUCAUAUAUUUAUGUACACGUGUAUUAAAAGAGACACGUAUAGUCGUUAGAGCAACUCCACGAAGCGGCGGUGUAAAGAAGAUACAAAAAUACGGGCUGUCAAGCGAGUCAGGCGUAAUCGUUUUGACGCUUCGGUUGAAAUAAAAUUUGGCGUAGCGUUUGAAAGCUGCUAUCAUACAAGUAUUAUACUUGGAAAGCAGACACUUUAUCUUUAGUAUUGGUGGACUUGUCGAUGCGAUAAAAAAAUCCUGCAACUAUGAAUAAGGACCUGAGCCUGCUAAAGGGAGUAAGCGUUUACUUUACCGAGGAAACCCUGAGAAGUGUUGUAGCAAAAGAGAAGAACGUCGAUCCAAAAGUCGUUGAAAUCCUUGGCUGGGACUUUGGCAGAGCAAACGCAAAAGGUGACAGCCACUUAUCAGUCGUUCAACGAGUUAAAAUCAAGAGCAAAGUAAAUGACAAUGAAACGGAAAUGAGUUACAUCGUCAAGUCUUUUCCACAGAAUAUCGGCCGCAAAAAAACUUUCCGGAGCGAAGAGUUUUUUUACAACGAAAUCACGUUUUACAACGAGGUGGCAACGAAAUUUGAAGAGUACCUGAAAUCCAAGGGGCAAAGCCAAUUGAUGCUGAUCCCGCGUUGUUACGCGUCUCUUCUCGAUGGCGAUAAUGAUUACAUUGUCCUCCAAGACGUCAGCGUUGACGGUUUUGGUCCUCUUGUGCGCCAGGCUUCGUUAACUUACGAACAGUGUAAAUCGGCAGCUGAAACAUUGGCUAGAUUUCACGCCAUUUCUUUUGGAUUCAAGAGAGAAAGGAAAGAGGAGUUUGAGGAAAUGGUUUCCAAGUUGAUGGAGACAUUUUACAGGGAAGAUUUGUACGAGAAAUGGUACAAACGAUUUUUCGAAAGCACUCUCGUGAGAAUAGCGAGAGACUCACUGGCGAAAGAAUACCCGGGCAGCCGAGGCGAGAAAGUCUUCAAUUCUUACCAGCCGAUAGAUUUUUUCAAAAAGAGCACCGAGUUGUGCUGUUCGCGCGCCCACGAGCCCACCUCGGUCAUUGGCCAAGGCGACGCCUGGGCGCCAAAUUUCCUCGCUCGCGAAGCCCACCCCGGAAAAUUCGAGCUUCUCCUAUUGGACUUUCAACUCGCGAGGUGCUGCAGCCCAGUCUUGGACAUCGUGUUCUUCAUCUACUCGUGCACGGACAAGACCAUGCGCGACCAGCAUUACGAGGAUCUUUUGAAGAAUUAUUACGACGAAUUAAUCAUGUCCAUGAAGUUACUUGACAUUCCCGAUGCGGAAAGUGUUUAUCCGUGGGACUUGUUUCGCAAAGAGGUGAAAGAGCAGUCGGUGUACGGGCUGACGUUUUCUUUGGAGGCUGUGCCAUUUACUAUGAUGCCCGAGGAGGAGGCAUUCGACUUGGACCAAAUAAAAGAAAAAGAAAUUGAUCUUGUCGAAUUAUUUACGCUGCCAAACAUUAAAUUGUCGGAAAAUAGAAAACGACAUGCUGACAUGAUUUUGCAUGCAGUGGAGAAUGGAUACAUAUGAGAUGUCUGU